AUGGCGGCCUCCAAGCAGGACCUUUCUUCCUGGGACACCUUUCAGUGGAAGAGAAGGAUGGAACGCUUCGGGGACGCCGACGAGCCUCUUAUUGCUCGCGGGCCAAAUGGUGAAGUAGACGGUAUAUGCCAGCUCGGAGAGCUUACAGACAAAGGCCGCCAAACUACAUUUGAGCUCGGCCAGAGGCUCAGACAUCUCUAUGUUGAGCGGCUCAGUUUCUUGCCGGAGAUUAUCUCGAAUACGGAUAGCAUGUACCUCCGCUCGACUCCCGUCCCGCGAGCCCUAGAGUCGUUGCAGAGUGCCUUUUGGGGAUUGUACCCAUCCAGUGCUAGGACUUCAGACUUUGCUAAGCCGUCCAUAAUUCUAAGGCAGCUGGCCAGGCUCUUUGCCCAGCGUGCCGCUGAUAAAUGGAACGACUCAGAAGAGAUGGCAUACCUUAACUCGCUCUGGUCAAAGUGGAUGCCAGAAAAUUCCCCUCGAGUGGCUGUUGACUCGCUCCCUCGGUUGUCUGGAAUCAUGGACACCGUUGCGUCCACUUAUGCCCACGGGCCAAACACUCGUCUUCCUGCAGAGUUCUAUGAUCCCAAGGCCCGUGAGAUCGCUGAUAGGAUAGGAGUAGACGAGUGGUUUGCUGGUAGUCAAGAGAGUAGGGAGUACCGCAAACUUGCCAUCGGUGCGCUUAUGGGAGAUGUUGUCGAGAGAAUGGUCCAUGCCGCUUCCCACAAGGGCUGGAGGCCCAUGGCUGCUGCAUAUCAGCCAGGCGAAGAAAGUCCCUCUGUCAAACUAGCCAUGAGUGGCUGCCAUGAUACCACUCUUGCCUCUAUUCUCUCAAGUGUUGGCGCAUUCAAGGGCGAGAGAUGGCCUCCUUACACCUCGUCGAUCGCCGUGGAACUAUUCAAAGAUGUCUCCGAAAGGGAUGUCCCCAGCUCACCGGCUGGAGCAAUCCUGGAAGAGUUCUCUAGCCCACCUGCUAAGAAGCCAGCAUCUGACAAGCCAUCCUUCUUCUCCUUGCUCACAGGUAAGAAGAGCCAGUCCGCUAGCUCAUCUGCUGGCUUUGCUCGUACCCCCCAGGCCAAGCAGCCUGCCCUAUCAAAUCACUACGUCCGCAUCCGCUACAACGACAGGCCGGUCACCAUCCCAGGUUGUGCAGCAAGCCCUUCCAAACAUUUGCCGGGAGACAAGUCAUUCUGCACUCUCGAAGCUUUCAAGGAGAUUGUUGACAAGUUUACUCCUGCCAACUGGCGACAAGAGUGUGGCUUGAACCUCGACAAGGGCAUGUUCCCUGAGGGAGAGCAGCAGCCAGCUGGUUACUAA